UAGGACGUUCUAUUGAGAAUAGCUUAAGAUUUAAAUAAUAAUAAUCAUAAAAAUUAGUAAAGUGAUUUUGGUAAUAAGAGUGCCGGAAAAAAGUGGUCAAGAUGAUGAAAGCAGCGCCUGCAAUGACCAAUGGUCAUUUUAAAAAUGAUAAUGAGGAAGCGCCAAAAUUAAUGGAUGGAGGCAAUUAUAUCCAAGAAGUUCAGAAUUCGAAGAAGGGCACUUGUAUUAUAUUUUCUCCAACAGUUACUCAAGAAGCUGGAGCUUUGGCUACUUCUUUAAAAACUUUCGCAAAUCACAAAGUGAAUUUAUUGCAUAUUGAAUCUCGGUCUUCAUCAAGAAGACCAGGUUACGAAUUUAUGGUCGAAUGUGAUGGUAAACAAGAAGACAUCGAUGCCGCAUGCGAAGAAUUGAAAAGUGGUUGCAGCUAUUUUAGCAUUAUUUCCAGAAAUUAUAGAGAAAAUAAGGAAGCGGUUCCAUGGUUCCCAAGACGCAUACGCGAUUUGGACAGAUUUGCUAACCAAAUUUUAUCCUACGGAGCCGAAUUGGAUUCGGACCAUCCUGGAUUUACUGAUCCCGUUUACAGAGCUCGCAGGAAGUACUUUGCCGACAUUGCAUUCAACUACAAGCACGGCCAAAAGCUUCCGCACGUUGACUACACUCCGGAAGAAACUGCUACAUGGGGCGUGAUUUUCCGCAAAUUGACAGAAUUAUAUCCGACUCAUGCUUGUAGAGAACACAAUCACGUAUUUCCUCUCUUGAUAGAGAAUUGCGGAUACAGAGAGGAUAAUAUUCCACAAUUGGAAGACAUUUCCAACUUCCUCAAAGAUUGCACAGGCUUCACACUCCGUCCAGUAGCUGGUCUUCUAUCCUCCAGAGAUUUCUUGGCUGGUUUAGCUUUCCGGGUUUUCCACUCGACACAGUACAUCAGACAUCACAGCAGACCACUCUAUACACCAGAACCAGAUGUUUGCCAUGAACUCCUAGGCCAUGUUCCUCUAUUUGCAGAUCCUGCUUUUGCACAAUUUUCACAAGAAAUUGGUUUGGCUUCUUUGGGAGCUCCAGAUGAUUAUAUUGAAAAAUUGGCCACGUGUUUCUGGUUCACCGUCGAAUUCGGUCUUUGCCGACAAGAAGGACAAUUAAAAGCCUACGGUGCAGGACUUUUAUCAUCAUAUGGAGAACUUAUGUACAGUCUUUCUGAUAAACCUGAGCUCAGGCCAUUCGAACCAGUAAAAACAGCAGAACAAAAAUACCCCAUCACAGAAUAUCAACCAGUUUACUAUGUUGCUGAAAGUUUUGAAGCAUCGAAAGAACUAAUGAUAAAAUAUGCUGAAACAAUACCAAGACCAUUCGGAGUGCGUUACAAUGCUUACACACAAAGUAUCGAAAUCUUGGACUCAAAACAUCAGAUAGAAAAUUUGGUCACAAACAUAAAUUCUGAAAUUCAGAUAUUAGCAAACGCGCUGAAAAAAAUGUAAGGGAAAAGAGUCUGUGAUUGUACAGAUUCUUUUCUAUUCCAAAAUACAUAAUACCUACAU